AUGGCUUUCCUUCAUUGUGAUGUGCUGCUGUUCUUAAAUGCAGUCAGCUUUGUUUCAGGCUUGCAGACAGCAGCAUCCCCUGAUUCUCCGUUGCCUUUCUUCAGUGUGUGGAAUGCCCCUAGUGCCAACUGCCUCUCUAAAUAUGGUGUGGAUCUCGACUUGGGAACAUUUAGCAUCAUCCAUAACCAAAAUCAAAUCUUUAUGGGUGAAAAAAUAACCAUCUUUUAUGAAAGUAGGCUUGGUCUGUAUCCCAGGUACUCUAGCCAAGGAGUGGCUAUUAAUGGUGGGGUGCCACAGAACGCCAGUCUUGUCAAUCACCUCAGAGUUGCCUCUGAUGAUAUCAACACAGAUAUCCCUGACCGGGAUUUCAAUGGCCUUGCUGUAGUGGACUGGGAGAGCUGGAGACCUGUGUGGGAGAGAAACUGGGACAGUAAGCAGGUGUACAGGGAGGGAUCAAGAGCACUAGUGAAGUCCAAACACCCAGACUGGAGUCCUGCACAAGUAGAAGCUGCAGCCCGGGCAGAGUUUGAGGAAGCAGGGAGAAAAUUCAUGGAGCAAACUCUGAAACUGGGGCAGAAGGAAAGACCAAAUGGGUUGUGGGGUUACUAUGGUUUUCCCGACUGCUACAACCACUACGACGAAAACACAAAAUAUACAGGAGAGUGUCCACCUAUAGAGAUUCAGAGGAACAAUGAACUGUUCUGGCUGUGGAAUGCCUCCUCGGCUCUGUAUCCUAGUAUCUACCUUAGCACCACAAUGCGUGACCUUGGCAAAGACGUGCUCCUGUACACUCAAAAUCGCAUCCUGGAGGCCAUGAGAGUAGGAGCUCAGGCGAUUCCAUCAGCACCACCUGUGUUCCCAUACUCUCGUUUCGUCUACACCUACACUCUAGAUUUCCUCUCUCAGGAGCACCUCAUUUACACCAUUGGAGAGAGUGCCGCUUUAGGAUCUGCAGGAAUAGUGCUCUGGGGCGACGGCAUGUACACAGAGUCUAAGGCUUCUUGUGAUUCUGUCAAGUCUUUCAUCGACCAGACUCUGGGUCCUUACCUGGUGAAUGUAACAUCAGCGGCUGCUGUUUGCAGCCAGACCAUGUGUUCCUCAAAGGGCAGAUGUGAGAGGAGGAACCCGACAUCAGCGACAUACCUCCACCUUGACCCUGCUGUGUGGACGGUGGAGACUGAGAAGAAACCAGUAGGGGGACCACAUUACAGGGUGCUCGGGGAAAUGAGCACACAGGAGUUAGCACUCAUGAAGUCUAAGUUUCAGUGCAAGUGUUACCCUGGUUGGAGUGGGGAGAGCUGCUACAAGCAGAAUAAGCGUUAA